AUGGGACAGCAAAUUUCAUCAGAUGAUAGUGCUCGUACGCGAAUUUUGUCCGAAGAAACGCCCAGUCAACGGUCUGGUCUGGCUCUGGAAUCUAUGUCCAACUCUGUUAACGCGAGUGAGCCUGCUUCGUCAGCCGACUCUCAAGCGUACAUCUCGAGCCAGAAUACCGGGAAACAAUCUUCACCUCGCAAAUUCCGGGAAGUUAUCAGCGAGGUCACUGCUCCUCUGACGCUGAGUCUAGUGCUCGAGAAUAAGGGUAAUGUUGCUCGUGAUCAUCUUGCAUCAGAGCGAACCUAUCUUGCCUACGUUCGCACCAGUCUCGCAUGCGCAAGUGCUGGAGUAGGCCUUGUACGCUACUUCAUGACCCAGGCAGCCCUCCUACGGGGUUUCUUCCCGGUAGCACGCAAAUCUAUUGCUGCCGUAGCAUUUGCCCUUGGGGCCGUCGUUGGCAUCGUUUUUGGGGUGUUAGUUCGCUGGAACUUGAGACUAGAGCCCUCCUAUCUCUUGUUCACACCUGGUCUGUCGCGCACACGAGUUCUACAGCCCGAAGGAUAG